AUGCCGCCCGCUUCCACAAGACCUAAGAGAUCGCGCACAUCCUCCUCCAUCAGCCGUAGCAGCCGCCGCUCGCAAGCACUCGACAAGACCGAGAUCACAAUCAAUGUCUACGAUCUAUUACCGGUAUGUAUAUCCUUCGGCGGCGGCCUGCUCCAUUCUGGCGUCGUCAUCCGAAACAAAGAGUACGCAUACGGCGGCCACAACCGGCGGAAUGUGACCGGCGUAUACUGGACCAAACCCAACUUCGAGCCUCCCGGAGGCACCUUCCGCUGCUCCAUCUUGCAAGGCUUUACUUUCCGAACAGAAGCAGAAAUCGAUGCUAUUGUGAAAGAGGUAUCGGAUGAGUUCCUGGGCACGAACUACAAUCUCCUCACCAACAACUGCAACCACUUCACCAAUGCCCUGUGCGAGAGGCUGACGAGCAAGCCGGCGCCAGCAUGGCUGAACCGGGCGGCAAGCGUGGGGUUGGCGUUGCCGUGUGUUGUGCCUAAAGAGUGGAUUCAGCCGCCCGAUGCAGACACAGCGGACGGAGAGCUGCUGGAUGAGGAGGACGAGGAUGAAGAAGAGCACUCCGCCAUGCUGGCGAGCGACCAGAGGCGGCGGCAUAGGGAGGCGCAGCGGACGGGGAGCUUGGAGCAGGUGGACGAGGAAGUGGGCAGUAGUCUUGCCGGCGGAAGGAGGUUGUUUGCGAAAGAUGAGACGCCUCCGCCGCGGCUCGUGUCGGUGAAGGAUACGAGUGGGAGGGAGAUGCCGAUUGCGGAGAGGGCGCCGCUGCCUGGUAGGAAGGGUUGA